AAUUCAAUUAAUAGUGAGGGUCAAUACAAACUUGAAAGUAUUCUCGAUGCGACAAGUGAUUGAAAAUGUUUGGAUCUGAUUGUAAUAAUGAAAGGGCGUUAAGUCAGGUGGAAAAAUCGUUUUUGCUUCAUGCCGAAAGGGGUGAUUGUGCUACAGUUCGCAGGAUAAUUGAGGAAUAUGGUGGUGGUGAGGGCGAUCAAGAGUUUGAUAUAAACUGCAUCGAUGCUCUAAAUCGCUCAGCGUUCGUUAUAGCAAUUGAGAAUGGAAAUAUCGAGCUGGUGAAGCUUCUCCUUGAGUCGCAGAUUGACGUUAAAGAUGGAUUGCUUCAUGCAAUAAAUGAGGAAUUUGUGGAAGCGGUUGAAAUGCUUUUAGAUUGGGAGGAGAGGACGCAUCAAGUUGGCGAUUUGUACAGUUGGGAAAAAGUCGAACGGUGUUCGGCCACUUUUACACCUGAUAUUACACCUCUGGUCUUAGCCGGGCAUAAAAAUAAUUACGAGAUUAUUAAGCUGUUGCUGGAUAGAGGAGCCACUCUUCCAUUGCCUCACGAUGUCAAAUGUGGUUGUGACGAAUGCGUUUGCUCAAACCAAAGUGACUCUUUACGACAUUCUCAAGCUCGGAUCAACUCCUACAAAGCUCUAACAUCCCCUUCACUCAUUUCCCUCUCAUCCACUGACCCUCUAUUUACUGCUUUCGAACUUUCGGGCGACUUGAGACGUCUCAGUCGACUAGAAACCGAAUUUCGAGCCGAAUAUAACAACAUGCGAACUGUUGUGGAAAAUUUCGCAGCUUUGCUCCUAGACCAUGUAAAAACCUCAGAAGAAUUAAUGAUUCUGUUGAACUACGACGAAAAAAAUCCUUCAUGGGUUUUGGGCGAACAACAAACUUUGGGACGCUUAAAACUCGCCAUAAAAUUUAAACAGAAAAAAUUCGUGGCACAUCCCAAUGUCCAACAAAUCUUAGGCACAAUCUGGUACGAGGGACUCCCCGGAUUUCGCCGAAAAAACCUCUUCGGACAAACCUUACAACUAAUGAGACUUAGUGCAAUGUUUACUGUUUAUUGCCUGGUUUAUAUGCUACUACCAACGUCCAAAAUGGGUCUCUUCAUUAAAAAACCCUUCGUUAAGUUUAUCUGCCACUCAAGCAGCUAUAUUCUUUUUUUGGUUUUGUUGGGCGUGACAUCGCAACGUUUCGAAAUCACAAUUUUGGAAUGGGUUGAUACAGGGUGGUCCAGAGAUUUCGUCGAUGAAUGGAAGAGGAAAGAACGUGGGGCUCUUUUAGGAUUUGCCGAAUGUGCAGUUGUUCUCUACGUUUCAAGUAAAAUGUGCAAAGAGAUCAAGCACUUGUGGGCCUCGAAUUUGCUUGAAUACGUUUCGGAUUUGUGGAAUAUUGUUGAUUUUGUGACGAAUCUUUUUUACGUAGCUUGGCUUUCUUUACGACUUUGUUCCAUCUAUUUAACACGGAGAGCUGAGUCUCUGGGUGAAGAUCCUUGGUUUCCACGGGAGGAAUGGAACUCAUUUGAGCCAAUGUUGAUAGCCGAAGGGGCUUUUGCAGCUGCGAUGAUUUUCAGUUUCCUGAAGCUGGUUCACAUAUUCAGCGUAAAUCCGCACUUGGGCCCACUUCAAAUCUCACUAAGCCGCAUGAUUAUUGACAUCGUCAAGUUCUUCUUUAUUUAUACUUUGGUUUUAUUUGCGUUCGGUUGUGGUUUGAACCAACUGUUGUGGUAUUAUGCCGAACUUGAGAAGAACAAGUGUUACCACAGGGGCGGAAUGCCCGAUUUUGAGGCCCAUGACAAGGCUUGCACGAUCUGGAGGAGAUAUGCCAAUUUAUUUGAAACGUCCCAGUCACUUUUUUGGGCCAGCUUUGGUUUGGUUGACUUGCUCUCAUUUGAACUAACAGGGAUCAAAAGUUUCACCCGGUUUUGGGCCUUGCUAAUGUUUGGCUCGUACUCAGUCAUUAAUAUCAUCGUUUUGUUGAAUAUGUUGAUCGCAAUGAUGUCUAACUCGUUUCAAAUCAUCUCAGAACGUGCUGACGUUGAAUGGAAAUUCGCCAGAAGCAAGCUGUGGAUGACGUACUUCGAAGAUGACGAUGUGUUACCUCCACCUUUCAAUAUUUUGCCAAACACUGAACUGUUUUGUCGGGUUUUCAAACUGAGGCGCAAGAAGAAUAAAAUUUGCAAUAAAGAAUCACAGCUUCGUAUCAAAGCAAAGCACGAUUCGGUCGUUCGUUUGCUACUAAAACGCUACAAUACAUCAGAACAGCGCAAACGACACGAAUUUGGAGUUACUGAAGACGAUGUUAUUGAAAUCAGACAAGAUAUUUCGACUUUGCGGUACGAAAUCAUCGAUAUUUUGAAAAAUAACGGCAUGCGAACGCCGAACAUGUCGUUUGAGGAUAAACAAGUGGUUGGGAAAAAAGGGAAAAUGAUUGAGCGACGAAUUUUGCGUGAUUUCCACAUCGGAGUGGUGGACGAAGUUGGCAAAAGCGAAGUCAGUUAUUCCCCGAAUAAGAGGAAACGGCGCACUUUCAGAAAGGAAAAAAAGGAUUGGAAUUCACUAGUGAGGAAGAACACCAAAAGUUACGACCCGAUUGGUUCUUCUAAAAAUCAUUUUGAAUAAAGAAAAAAAGUUG